CCCAAAUUCCUUGUGGGAGCGAUAAGGAGCAGGUUUACAGAUCAUAAAGGCAAGCGCAGGCGAGGAAGGAAACCCAGGUGGGACAAGGAUUUUUGGAGAGAGGUCAGAGGGCAUGAAGUUGUGACUGCAGCCGUUACCAUAGUAACCGGGAACCGGAUGUGGCGAUCUUAAGGGGCGACAGCUCUCUCAGGUGUUCUGGCCCGAGAGCCUAUCGACUCUAUGGCACACAAUGAGGAGCCGGUUGUGGGUUUUUUUUCAGAGAGGGGAUAAGAGAGGAAUUCUUCAAAGCAUUUAUAGGAACGCAACAAAAAGAAGGCUUGAGACUGCCUCUGUGCCUGGCAGAGACCGAGGGAGGCGUUUUAUGAGAGAAUGAGCCUCACAAAAGCUCCUCGCAGCCUUCCGGAAGUGAAAUGGCGGGAGCCUCAGCCUCUCCAUCCACCCCCCGGAAGCGGAAAUAGAAUCCCAGCGUGCCCCUUCCUCACUGCCCUCCAAAUCCCGCUGCAGCCAUUGCCGCAACCACGAUGCCGAAACGAAAGAAGCAGAAUCAGCAGCAGCCGCCGCCACCGCAGCAGCCCCCGCUGCCAGAGCGGGAAGAGACUGGAGACGAGGAGGAUGGGAGUCCUAUCGGACCACCCAGUCUUCUGGGCCCUCCCCCCAUGGCCAAUGGAAAGCCUGGUGACCCCAAGUCAGCCCCAAACUGGAAUCCACCCACAUGUCCACCAUCAGUAGAAUGGAUAAAUAAGUUGUUGUGUGUGCAUGCAAUGGGAUACUACACUGCAAUGAAAAUGAACGAACUCCUGCUACAGGCAACCUGGAUGAAUCUCACAAACACCAUGUUGAGCGAAAGGAGCCAGACAGAAAAGAAUGCAGACUCUCUUCACAGAGGUCCUCCAGGAUCAAGGGGACCAAUGAUUCCACCACUGCUGAGUCUCCCACCUCCUCCCCGGGGCAGAGGCCCAAUUCGGGGAGGCCUAGGCCCCAGGUGUGGCCCAUAUGGUCGUGGUUGGUGGGGGGCCAAUACUGAACCUCCUUUUCCUGGACCAGGCCAUGGGGGUCCUUCCAGGGGAGGCUUUCACAAAGAGCAGAGAAAUCCUCGAAGGCUCAAAAGUUGGUCUCUUAUCAAAAAUACCUGCCCGCCCAAGGAUGGCCCCCAAGUUGUGGAAGACAAAUCCAACCGCCCUGUCUGCCGACACUUUGCCAAAAAGGGCCACUGUCGAUAUGAGGACCUCUGUGCCUUCUACCACCCAGGCGUCAAUGGACCUCCUCUGUGAGACUGUGCCUUCCCAUCGAGGCUGGAAGGAGCCCUCUGACCCAGCGGCCAUAUAUUUCCCUGUGGCCCUGUGAUGGCUACUGUGAGGCUGUUCCACCCACCACCCUCAGUCAGUGACACCCGCCCCCAUCCGCCACCUCCCCAAUUUGGGGUCCAGAGCUGUGUUUCAUCACUGGUGCCCAGUGUGUGGGCUUUCUUCUGAUCCAGCCUCCAGAGACUCGCCUUCAGGACCCCAUCUUUGCUCCCUUCAACUGCCUCCUGGAUCCUCUUCCCCCUCGCCAACUGACUGCUGAACAGGAAACCUCUUUGGUGCUGUUUCUUGUGCAUCUGUCCACCCAGCCCCCGGUACUGCCCUCGAUUCCUGAGAGCCCUGGAGCAGUUUCCUACCAUUCCCUUCUAGCUGCUUGUUUUAAGUCCUUUUUAUGUGACAGCCCCUACCCCCGAAGUUGCCAGUUGCUCUGUGAAACUCACCAGGUUGACCUGGGGUCAAGUAUGGAUGACGGGUGCAGAGUUACUCCCUGAAAGGCCACUCUCCCUGCUUUUGGAUUUUGUAGUUUCUACGUCAGUAGCAUGAUCCCCACCGCUCUGGUCUGUGAUCACUGUGCUUUGUGAAACUGUGCAUCCCCUCGUACGUAGCCUUUCUCAGUGUCCGUGGCAUCUUUGUGACUUCCCAACACUAGAGUAAGUUUUUCUGCCAAAAUGAGUGAGGCUCUUGGUGCCCUCUAGACUUUCCGCACCUCCCAACAUGGGAGAAUUGUGAAACUUUCCACAAGACUGCCUCCCUGGUCUCCCCAUUCUCCUGGUGUCGGUUUUUCUGGGUUUGACACAAGCCCAUGAGAUGUCCUCUGAAGCCUCUGACGGGCUACCCUAUUUCCUCUCCAGCCCACUUUAGUUAGAGUACGUCAUUGUGAGGCCACCAGCCCUUUCGUCUGAAUUCUGUGAAUCUCCACCCGGCCUACCUUUGGGUGGAACCUGGACAGUACUGUCGCCCUCAUCUAACCUUCUUCCCUACAUCCCUGGCACUGGUUGUUUUCUGUGAAAACGGCAGUGAACAGGUUUGGUUUUGAACUGGCCCUGAGGAAAUGGGUCAGGAGUUGUGUGGGCAAGACGGAAGGAUGAGAGCCGUUGGAGAACUGAGAAUGAAUUUUUUUUCUUUUUAACAUUUUUUUAUAUUAGUAAUAAAUGCAGUGGAAACAAGCA